AUGAUUCAGAUCAUCUUAUACUUUCAAAGACUUGCUAGUUCUGCAAGUGUCUUCUUUAUCCCUUUUCACGCACCAAGCCAAGUUCGCUGCUCAAUCAAGCAAAUCAAUAGUCAAGUUGUGCCUGGCCGUGGUCCAAGCUCCUCCGCCUCCAAGUCUUCGCACAUUCGCACACUCACACACUCACACACAUUAACAAGAGCAAUGUGCGUGCCCGAAGCUUGA